CUGAUUCCCUGGCUUAGGCUCAAGACGUAUGCCAACUUUCCAGAAGCACCUCAGGAGGAGGCUUCUCUCAGCAAUAGGCUCAAGACGUAUGCCAACUUUCCAGAAGCACCUCAAGAGGUGGCUUCUCUCAGCAAUAGGCUCAAGACGUAUGCCAACUUUCCAGAAGCACCUCAAGAGGAGGAUUCUCUCAGCAAUAGGCUCAAGACGUAUGCCAACUUUCCAGAAGCACCUCAGGAGGAGGCUUCUCUCAGCAAUAGGCUCAAGACGUAUGCCAACUUUCCAGAAGCACCUCAAGAGGUGGCUUCUCUCAGCAAUAGGCUCAAGACGUAUGCCAACUUUCCAGAAGCACCUCAAGAGGAGGAUUCUCUCAGCAAUAGGCUCAAGACGUAUGCCAACUUUCCAGAAGCACCUCAGGAGGAGGCUUCUCUCAGCAAUAGGCUCAAGACGUAUGCCAACUUUCCAGAAGCACCUCAGGAGGAGGCUUCUCUCAGCAAUAGGCUCAAGACGUAUGCCAACUUUCCAGAAGCACCUCAAGAGGUGGCUUCUCUCAGCAAUAGGCUCAAGACGUAUGCCAACUUUCCAGAAGCACCUCAAGAGGAGGAUUCUCUCAGCAAUAGGCUCAAGACGUAUGCCAACUUUCCAGAAGCACCUCAGGAGGAGGCUUCUCUCAGCAAUAGGCUCAAGACGUAUGCCAACUUUCCAGAAGCACCUCAAGAGGUGGCUUCUCUCAGCAAUAGGCUCAAGACGUAUGCCAACUUUCCAGAAGCACCUCAAGAGGAGGAUUCUCUCAGCAAUAGGCUCAAGACGUAUGCCAACUUUCCAGAAGCACCUCAGGAGGAGGCUUCUCUCAGCAAUAGGCUCAAGACGUAUGCCAACUUUCCAGAAGCACCUCAAGAGGUGGCUUCUCUCAGCAAUAGGCUCAAGACGUAUGCCAACUUUCCAGAAGCACCUCAAGAGGAGGAUUCUCUCAGCAAUAGGCUCAAGACGUAUGCCAACUUUCCAGAAGCACCUCAAGAGGUGGCUUCUCUCAGCAAUAGGCUCAAGACGUAUGCCAACUUUCCAGAAGCACCUCAGGAGGAGGAUUCUCUCAGCAAUAGGCUCAAGACGUAUGCCAACUUUCCAGAAGCACCUCAAGAGGUGGCUUCUCUCAGCAAUAGGCUCAAGACGUAUGCCAACUUUCCAGAAGCACCUCAAGAGGAGGAUUCUCUCAGCAAUAGGCUCAAGACGUAUGCCAACUUUCCAGAAGCACCUCAAGAGGUGGCUUCUCUCAGCAAUAGGCUCAAGACGUAUGCCAACUUUCCAGAAGCACCUCAAGAGGAGGAUUCUCUCAGCAAUAGGCUCAAGACGUAUGCCAACUUUCCAGAAGCACCUCAGGAGGAGGCUUCUCUCAGCAAUAGGCUCAAGACGUAUGCCAAAUUUCCAGAAGCACCUCAAGAGGUGGCUUCUCUCAGCAAUAGGCUCAAGACGUAUGCCAACUUUCCAGAAGCACCUCAAGAGGAGGAUUCUCUCAGCAAUAGGCUCAAGACGUAUGCCAACUUUCCAGAAGCACCUCAGGAGGAGGCUUCUCUCAGCAAUAGGCUCAAGACGUAUGCCAAAUUUCCAGAAGCACCUCAAGAGGUGGCUUCUCUCAGCAAUAGGCUCAAGACGUAUGCCAACUUUCCAGAAGCACCUCAAGAGGAGGAUUCUCUCAGCAAUAGGCUCAAGACGUAUGCCAACUUUCCAGAAGCACCUCAGGAGGAGGCUUCUCUCAGCAAUAGGCUCAAGACGUAUGCCAACUUUCCAGAAGCACCUCAAGAGGUGGCUUCUCUCAGCAAUAGGCUCAAGACGUAUGCCAACUUUCCAGAAGCACCUCAAGAGGUGGCUUCUCUCAGCAAUAGGCUCAAGACGUAUGCCAACUUUCCAGAAGCACCUCAAGAGGUGGCUUCUCUCAGCAAUAGGCUCAAGACGUAUGCCAACUUUCCAGAAGCACCUCAAGAGGUGGCUUCUCUCAGCAAUAGGCUCAAGACGUAUGCCAACUUUCCAGAAGCACCUCAGGAGGAGGAUUCUCUCAGCAAUAGGCUCAAGACGUAUGCCAACUUUCCAGAAGCACCUCAAGAGGUGGCUUCUCUCAGCAAUAGGCUCAAGACGUAUGCCAACUUUCCAGAAGCACCUCAGGAGGAGGAUUCUCUCAGCAAUAGGCUCAAGACGUAUGCCAACUUUCCAGAAGCACCUCAAGAGGUGGCUUCUCUCAGCAAUAGGCUCAAGACGUAUGCCAACUUUCCAGAAGCACCUCAAGAGGUGGCUUCUCUCAGCAAUAGGCUCAAGACGUAUGCCAACUUUCCAGAAGCACCUCAGGAGGAGGCUUCUCUCAGCAAUAGGCUCAAGACGUAUGCCAACUUUCCAGAAGCGCCUCAAGAGGUGGCUUCUCUCAGCAAUAGGCUCAAGACGUAUGCCAACUUUCCAGAAGCACCUCAGGAGGAGGCUUCUCUCAGCAAUAGGCUCAAGACGUAUGCCAACUUUCCAGAAGCGCCUCAAGAGGUGGCUUCUCUCAGCAAUAGGCUCAAGACGUAUGCCAACUUUCCAGAAGCACCUCAGGAGGAGGCUUCUCUCAGCAAUAGGCUCAAGACAUAUGCCAACUUUCCAGAAGCACCUCAAGAGGUGGCUUCUCUCAGCAAUAGGCUCAAGACGUAUGCCAACUUUCCAGAAGCGCCUCAAGAGGUGGCUUCUCUCAGCAAUAGGCUCAAGACGUAUGCCAACUUUCCAGAAGCACCUCAGGAGGAGGCUUCUCUCAGCAAUAGGCUCAAGACGUAUGCCAACUUUCCAGAAGCGCCUCAAGAGGUGGCUUCUCUCAGCAAUAGGCUCAAGACGUAUGCCAACUUUCCAGAAGCACCUCAGGAGGAGGCUUCUCUCAGCAAUAGGCUCAAGACGUAUGCCAACUUUCCAGAAGCGCCUCAAGAGGUGGCUUCUCUCAGCAAUAGGCUCAAGACGUAUGCCAACUUUCCAGAAGCACCUCAGGAGGAGGCUUCUCUCAGCAAUAGGCUCAAGACGUAUGCCAACUUUCCAGAAGCGCCUCAAGAGGUGGCUUCUCUCAGCAAUAGGCUCAAGACGUAUGCCAACUUUCCAGAAGCACCUCAAGAGGAGGAUUCUCUCAGCAAUAGGCUCAAGACGUAUGCCAACUUUCCAGAAGCACCUCAAGAGGUGGCUUCUCUCAGCAAUAGGCUCAAGACGUAUGCCAACUUUCCAGAAGCACCUCAGGAGGAGGAUUCUCUCAGCAAUAGGCUCAAGACGUAUGCCAACUUUCCAGAAGCGCCUCAAGAGGUGGCUUCUCUCAGCAAUAGGCUCAAGACGUAUGCCAACUUUCCAGAAGCACCUCAAGAGGUGGCUUCUCUCAGCAAUAGGCUCAAGACGUAUGCCAACUUUCCAGAAGCACCUCAGGAGGAGGCUUCUCUCAGCAAUAGGCUCAAGACGUAUGCCAACUUUCCAGAAGCACCUCAAGAGGAGGAUUCUCUCAGCAAUAGGCUCAAGACGUAUGCCAACUUUCCAGAAGCACCUCAAGAGGUGGCUUCUCUCAGCAAUAGGCUCAAGACGUAUGCCAACUUUCCAGAAGCAUCUCAAGAGGAGGAUUCUCUCAGCAAUAGGCUCAAGACGUAUGCCAACUUUCCAGAAGCACCUCAAGAGGUGGCUUCUCUCAGCAAUAGGCUCAAGACGUAUGCCAACUUUCCAGAAGCACCUCAGGAGGAGGCUUCUCUCAGCAAUAGGCUCAAGACGUAUGCCAACUUUCCAGAAGCACCUCAAGAGGAGGAUUCUCUCAGCAAUAGGCUCAAGACGUAUGCCAACUUUCCAGAAGCACCUCAAGAGGUGGCUUCUCUCAGCAAUAGGCUCAAGACGUAUGCCAACUUUCCAGAAGCACCUCAAGAGGUGGCUUCUCUCAGCAAUAGGCUCAAGACGUAUGCCAACUUUCCAGAAGCACCUCAAGAGGUGGCUUCUCUCAGCAAUAGGCUCAAGACGUAUGCCAACUUUCCAGAAGCACCUCAAGAGGUGGCUUCUCUCAGCAAUAGGCUCAAGACGUAUGCCAACUUUCCAGAAGCACCUCAAGAGGAGGAUUCUCUCAGCAAUAGGCUCAAGACGUAUGCCAACUUUCCAGAAGCACCUCAAGAGGAGGAUUCUCUCAGCAAUAGGCUCAAGACGUAUGCCAACUUUCCAGAAGCACCUCAAGAGGUGGCUUCUCUCAGCAAUAGGCUCAAGACGUAUGCCAACUUUCCAGAAGCACCUCAAGAGGAGGAUUCUCUCAGCAAUAGGCUCAAGACGUAUGCCAACUUUCCAGAAGCACCUCAAGAGGAGGAUUCUCUCAGCAAUAGGCUCAAGACGUAUGCCAACUUUCCAGAAGCACCUCAGGAGGAGGCUUCUCUCAGCAAUAGGCUCAAGACGUAUGCCAACUUUCCAGAAGCACCUCAAGAGGUGGCUUCUCUCAGCAAUAGGCUCAAGACGUAUGCCAACUUUCCAGAAGCACCUCAGGAGGAGGCUUCUCUCAGCAAUAGGCUCAAGACGUAUGCCAACUUUCCAGAAGCGCCUCAAGAGGUGGCUUCUCUCAGCAAUAGGCUCAAGACGUAUGCCAACUUUCCAGAAGCACCUCAGGAGGAGGCUUCUCUCAGCAAUAGGCUCAAGACGUAUGCCAACUUUCCAGAAGCGCCUCAAGAGGUGGCUUCUCUCAGCAAUAGGCUCAAGACGUAUGCCAACUUUCCAGAAGCGCCUCAAGAGGUGGCUUCUCUCAGCAAUAGGGUCAAGACGUAUGCCAACUUUCCAGAAGCGCCUCAAGAGGUGGCUUCUCUCAGCAAUAGGCUCAAGACGUAUGCCAACUUUCCAGAAGCACCUCAGGAGGAGGCUUCUCUCAGCAAUAGGCUCAAGACGUAUGCCAACUUUCCAGAAGCACCUCAGGAGGAGGCUUCUCUCAGCAAUAGGCUCAAGACGUAUGCCAACUUUCCAGAAGCACCUCAGGAGGAGGCUUCUCUCAGCAAUAGGCUCAAGACGUAUGCCAACUUUCCAGAAGCAGCUCAAGAUGUGGCUUCUCUCAGCAAUAGGCUCAAGACGUAUGCCAACUUUCCAGAAGCACCUCAAGAGGAGGAUUCUCACAGCAAUAGGGUCAAGACGUAUGCCAACUUUCCAGAAGCGCCUCAAGAGGUGGCUUCUCUCAGCAAUAGGCUCAAGACGUAUGCCAACUUUCCAGAAGCACCUCAGGAGGAGGCUUCUCUCAGCAAUAGGCUCAAGACGUAUGCCAACUUUCCAGAAGCACCUCAGGAGGAGGCUUCUUUCAGCAAUAGGCUCAAGACGUAUGCCAACUUUCCAGAAGCACCUCAGGAGGAGGCUUCUCUCAGCAAUAGGCUCAAGACGUAUGCCAACUUUCCAGAAGCAGCUCAAGAUGUGGCUUCUCUCAGCAAUAGGCUCAAGACGUAUGCCAACUUUCCAGAAGCACCUCAAGAGGUGGCUUCUCUCAGCAAUAGGCUCAAGACGUAUGCCAACUUUCCAGAAGGACCUCAAGAGGUGGCUUCUCUCAGCAAUAGGCUCAAGACGUAUGCCAACUUUCCAGAAGCACCUCAAGAGGUGGCUUCUCUCAGCAAUAGGCUCAAGACGUAUGCCAACUUUCCAGAAGCACCUCAAGAGGUGGCUUCUCUCAGCAAUAGGCUCAAGACGUAUGCCAACUUUCCAGAAGCACCUCAAGAGGUGGCUUCUCUCAGCAAUAGGCUCAAGACGUAUGCCAACUUUCCAGAAGGACCUCAAGAGGUGGCUUCUCUCAGCAAUAGGCUCAAGACGUAUGCCAACUUUCCAGAAGCACCUCAGGAGGAGGCUUCUCUCAGCAUUAGGCUCAAGACGUAUGCCAACUUUCCAGAAGGACCUCAAGAGGUGGCUUCUCUCAGCAAUAGGCUCAAGACGUAUGCCAACUUUCCAGAAGGACCUCAAGAGGUGGCUUCUCUCAGCAAUAGGCUCAAGACGUAUGCCAACUUUCCAGAAGCACCUCAAGAGGAGGAUUCUCUCAGCAAUAGGCUCAAGACGUAUGCCAACUUUCCAGAAGGACCUCAAGAGGUGGCUUCUCUCAGCAAUAGGCUCAAGACGUAUGCCAACUUUCCAGAAGCACCUCAAGAGGAGGAUUCUCUCAGCAAUAGGCUCAAGACGUAUGCCAACUUUCCAGAAGGACCUCAAGAGGUGGCUUCUCUCAGCAAUAGGCUCAAGACGUAUGCCAACUUUCCAGAAGGACCUCAAGAGGUGGCUUCUCUCAGCAAUAGGCUCAAGACGUAUGCCAACUUUCCAGAAGCACCUCAAGAGGAGGAUUCUCUCAGCAAUAGGCUCAAGACGUAUGCCAACUUUCCAGAAGGACCUCAAGAGGUGGCUUCUCUCAGCAAUAGGCUCAAGACGUAUGCCAACUUUCCAGAAGCACCUCAAGAGGAGGAUUCUCUCAGCAAUAGGCUCAAGACGUAUGCCAACUUUCCAGAAGGACCUCAAGAGGUGGCUUCUCUCAGCAAUAGGCUCAAGACGUAUGCCAACUUUCCAGAAGGACCUCAAGAGGUGGCUUCUCUCAGCAAUAGGCUCAAGACGUAUGCCAACUUUCCAGAAGGACCUCAAGAGGUGGCUUCUCUCAGCAAUAGGCUCAAGACGUAUGCCAACUUUCCAGAAGGACCUCAAGAGGUGGCUUCUCUCAGCAAUAGGCUCAAGACGUAUGCCAACUUUCCAGAAGGACCUCAAGAGGUGGCUUCUCUCAGCAAUAGGCUCAAGACGUAUGCCAACUUUCCAGAAGCACCUCAAGAGGAGGAUUCUCUCAGCAAUAGGCUCAAGACGUAUGCCAACUUUCCAGAAGGACCUCAAGAGGUGGCUUCCCUCAGCAAUAGGCUCAAGACGUAUGCCAACUUUCCAGAAGCACCUCAAGAGGAGGAUUCUCUCAGCAAUAGGCUCAAGACCUAUGCCAACUUUCCAGAAGCACCUCAAGAGGUGGCUUCUCUCAGCAAUAGGCUCAAGACGUAUGCCAACUUUCCAGAAGCACCUCAAGAGGAGGAUUCUCUCAGCAAUAGGCUCAAGACGUAUGCCAACUUUCCAGAAGCACCUCAGGAGGAGGCUUCUCUCAGCAAUAGGCUCAAGACGUAUGCCAACUUUCCAGAAGCACCUCAAGAGGUGGCUUCUCUCAGCAAUAGGCUCAAGACGUAUGCCAACUUUCCAGAAGCACCUCAGGAGGAGGCUUCUCUCAGCAAUAGGCUCAAGACGUAUGCCAACUUUCCAGAAGCACCUCAAGAGGUGGCUUCUCUCAGCAAUAGGCUCAAGACGUAUGCCAACUUUCCAGAAGCACCUCAAGAGGUGGCUUCUCUCAGCAAUAGGCUCAAGACGUAUGCCAACUUUCCAAAAGCACCUCAGGAGGAGGCUUCUCUCAGCAAUAGGCUCAAGACGUAUGCCAACUUUCCAGAAGCACCUCAAGAGGAGGAUUCUCUCAGCAAUAGGCUCAAGACGUAUGCCAACUUUCCAGAAGCACCUCAAGAGGUGGCUUCUCUCAGCAAUAGGCUCAAGACGUAUGCCAACUUUCCAGAAGCACCUCAAGAGGUGGCUUCUCUCAGCAAUAGGCUCAAGACGUAUGCCAACUAUCCAGAAGCACCUCAAGAGGUGGCUUCUCUCAGCAAUAGGCUCAAGGCGUAUGCCAACUUUCCAGAAGCACCUCAGGAGGAAGCUUCUCUCAGCAAUAGGAUGAAGACGUAUGCCAACUUUCCAGAAGCACAUGAAGAGGUGGCUUCUCUCAGCAAUAGGCUCAAGACGUAUGCCAACUUUCCAGAAGCACCUCAAGAGGAGGAUUCUCUCAGCAAUAGGCUCAAGACGUAUGCCAACUUUCCAGAAGCACCUCAGGAGGAGGCUUCUCUCAGCAAUAGGCUCAAGACGUAUGCCAACUUUCCAGAAGCACCUCAGGAGGAGGCUUCUCUCAGCAAUAGGCUCAAGACGUAUGCCAACUUCCCAGAAGCACCUCAAGAGGAGGCUUCUCUCAGCAAUAGGUUCAAGACGUAUGCCAACUUUCCAGAAGCACCUCAGGAGGAGGCUUCUCUCAGCAAUUGGCUCAAGACGUAUGCCAACUUCCCAGAAGCACCUCAAGAGGAGGCUUCUCUCAGCAAUAGGCUCAAGACGUAUGCCAACUUUCCAGAAGCACCUCAGGAGGAGGCUUCUCUCAGCAAUAGGCUCAAGACGUAUGCCAACUUCCCAGAAGCACCUCAAGAGGAGGCUUCUCUCAGCAAUAGGCUCAAGACGUAUGCCAACUUUCCAGAAGCACCUCAGGAGGAGGCUUCUCUCAGCAAUAGGCUCAAGACGUAUGCCAACUUCCCAGAAGCACCUCAAGAGGAGGCUUCUCUCAGCAAUAGGCUCAAGACGUAUGCCAACUUUCCAGAAGCACCUCAAGAGGAGGCUUCUCUCAGCAAUAGGAUCAAGACGUAUGCCCACUUCCAGAAGCACCUCAGGAGGAGGCUUCUCUCAGCAAUAG